AUGCAUCUGAUAACUCUGACUGGCGGAUUUCUGCUGUUGAUGUUUGGUAGAUCCAUCAUUGUAGAAAGUGGUUGUCCGUUAGGCUGGAGGCAGUUUGAUCAGUCUUGCUACAAGAUGGUUAUCGACGGGCCACUACGGUGGUCUGAAGCUCGUCAGGCAUGCCACAAUGUAGAUAGUCAGCUUGGCAUAGCAAACUCGCAAUCCGAAGAUCAAUUCAUGCAUUCCUUGCAUUUAGAGCUAAUUCAAGAUCAAUCUUUUGACUAUCGCAAUGUAUGGCUGGGCUGCAUGAACUCUGCCAGUGAUGGGUUGGUAUUCUUUGAUGGUGGUCAGCAUGACUACAAGAAUAUGCAAGAUGGACAAGAUUUCAAUGCUACAAACUGUUGUUGUCUUAAGUACAAACAUGGUCAGUGGGCUCUGUUAGGAUGUCAACUAAAGCGAAGUUUCAUAUGCGAGAGAAAAACGUGUACCCCACCAAGACGCUCCUUCAGUGUCAACCCAGCAAGCUAUGAUCAUCAAACCACACCCUACUGUCUGCUUGGCCACACCUUCAAGGAAACCAUCAUCAAGAACCCCAUACAGUGCUGCCUGGCUUGCUCCAAGGAUCCAAACUGCCGCUCCUUCAACCUGUCUGGGAAGAUGUGUCAACUCAACAACGUGACCAUCUCACAGGUUAAUGCUGGAAAUAACGUGAUGGAGAACUGUGUCUACUAUGAAAUGAGUGAGUAA